GUUACAUCAAUGAUACUGAUAGUCUAUGGUUUAGUGGCGCCAGCAGAGGGUGUUUUAUUGGUGAGGCGGGAAAAUGGCUGCGGCAAGGGGCCUGAGGACGUUGCAAGUGGUAGCCCUUAUAUUUUUCGUGAGAAUACUAUCUGUUUUCUUUGUACAAACGUGGUAUGUGCCAGAUGAGUAUUGGCAAAGUUUAGAAGUGGCACAUAAGCAAGUGUUUGGAUAUGGAGCCUUGACUUGGGAAUGGCAGAAAGGCAUCAGAAGUUAUCUGUAUCCAAGUCUUUUCGCGACACUGUACGCUGUUCUUAAGUUUACUGGCCUGGAUAGUCCGGAAGCAGUGGUAUUGAUUCCACGGUUAUUCCAAGCUGUUAUCAGUACCGCAGCAGAUUAUAGCUUCUACAAAUGGACAGGUGGACGUAAAUGGGCUCUCUUUCUCAUUCUCACACCUUCAUUCUGGUUUUACACGUCUGGGAGGACUCUCCUGCAAACUAUGGAAACUUGCUUAGUUGCUAUUGCUUUAUCAGUAUAUCCUUUCAAAGAUGGUGCUCUGGCUCGUUAUGAAAAAGAAAAUAAUAAAUGGGUCUGGCUUGCAUGUAUUUCAACAUUUUUACGACCUACAUCUGCACCUAUUUGGUUUGUUCUGGCCCUUUAUAAUAUUGCUACCACAAAUCAAGGAAAACUGAGGUUAUUGGCUGGUACAUAUUUACCAAUUGGACUGAUGGUUGGCGGAGCACUGGUGGCUUUGGACACAUAUUUCUAUGGAAAAUUAAUUAUCACACCACUGGAGUUCUUCAAGUUUAAUGUACUUCAUAAUGUUGCCUCAUUCUAUGGAACACACCCAUGGUAUUGGUACAUCACAAUGGGCUUGCCAGCGGUAUUGGGCAUAAACACAAUCCCAGUCGCAUGGGCUAUAUAUAAUGUACUGCGGAGGAGACAGGAGAAUAAGACUGGGAUGUUACUAUUGUUAGCAGCAGUGUUACACAUUAUUGUUCAUAGUUUCAUACCACACAAAGAAUUCAGAUUUGUGCUACCACUUUUGCCGAUUCUUUUAUAUUUGGCACAAAAUGUCAUCGUUCCAUGGAGCAGGAAGGCUAAAGCAUGGAAGCUGUACUUAGUUGCAAUAGUAUUGUUAUUGGGUAAUGCCGUACCUGCUAUAUACUUGGGACAAACACAUCAGAGAGGAACAAUGCAAGUGAUGCCGUUACUAAGAGAAGCUGUAGGCAAUAACAACAGAUCUUCUAUAUUGUUUAUGAUGCCUUGUCACUCUACACCAUUGUACAGCCAUCUCCACUUAAACAUAACGACUCGUUACCUGCGUUGUGAUCCUCCAUCCCCUGGUGAGACAUAUGAAUCUGAAGCUUUCUACAACAACCCUCAACGUUGGUGGAGACAGGAGUACAGUGCUCGUCAGACACCGAGUCUGAUUGUGAUGUUUGAUGUGCUGAGAGGACGUGUGGAGAAUUUACUACAAGGAUACAAGUUAAUACAUGAAGUGCCUCAUACACAAUACCCAGAAGGAGAAGUCGGGGAGAAAGUACUAGUGUUCCAGAAGAAUUUACAAGUGAAACAAACUGAUGAGGCCAUUUAAUAUACAUACAAACACGAAUGACAUAUAGUUAAAUGUUUUUAUAAAAAUAUACACUAUUAAAAAUGUAAUAAGA